UUCUGUAGUCGACGGAGACCAAAACCCUUUCAACUCGCGGAUCAAAAUCGGAUCGUGUCCGAAACACCACCUCUGAUUUCCCCCAAAUCCGAUUGCCAUCGAUGGCUCGGCCGGAGAUACAGCUAAGUGCGGCGAAGCGGGCAUACCGGAGUGCUAAGGAGAUCGGGAACCGGCGGGAAGAAGCGCGGUGGGCAAAUGUGAUCGGAGAUAUCCUGAAGAACCGCGGCGAGUACGUCGAGGCUCUCAAAUGGCUUCGGAUUGAUUACGAGGUCUCUGUGAAGCACUUGCCUGAGAAAGAUGUGCUUCCGACUUGUCAGUCUCUCGGCGAGGUCUAUUUCCUUCUCGGCGAUUUCAAGCAAGCAUUGGUUUAUCAGAAAAAGCAUCUACAGCUCGCUGAGGAUGCUAAUGAUACUGCAGAGGAGCAACGAGCAUGUACCCAGCUUGGACGUACGUACCACGGAAUAUUUAUAAAAUCCGAUGACGAUGAUGAUGCCAUUCAAAAUGCAAAAAAGUAUUUUAAGACGGCCAUGAGACUUGCACAGAUCCUCAAGGAGAAUCCGCCUGCUGGUGGAUCAUCUUUUCUCGAAGAAUUCAUCGACGCACACAAUAACAUAGGAAUGAUGGAGUUGGAUCUUGAAAAUUUGGAAGCGGCACAUGCAAUACUCACAAAAGGGCUGAAGAUUUGCGAUGAGGAGGAGGUGAGCGAGGAUCAUGCGGGGCGCAGUAGGCUUCACCAUAACCUUGGAAAUGUUUACAUGGAGUUGAGAAAGUGGGAUAAAGCAAAGGAGCACAUCGAGAUGGAUAUCAAAAUUUGCUGUAAAAUUUGUCACCGCCAAGGUGAAGCCAAGGGGUAUAUCAAUCUUGGGGAACUGCACAACAGGGUUCAGAAGUAUGAAGAUGCACUGUCGUGUUAUGGUAAAGCUCUUAGUCUAGCCAAAUCCAUGGAGGACGAGAGUGCAUUGGUUGAACAGAUUGAGCAAAAUAUUAAUACAGUCAAACAAGCCAAGAAGGUAAUGGAAGAAUUGGGAGAAGGGGAGCUUAAGUUUAAGAAGUUGUCACUAGAAAUGAAUGAUGCUAAAGGUACCUCAGAAGAACGGAAUCGUAUGCUCCAGGUUAAUGCUUGUCUUGAUUGUCUUAUUGAGAAAUCUCGCAUGAUAUCAGCGUGGUUGAAGCAUCUUGAAUUUUCAAAAAAAAAGAAGAGAAUAUCAAAUGAACUCUGUGACAAGGAAAAAUUGAGUGAUGCUUUCUUGGAUGUCGGAGAGUCAUACGAAAAGCUCAGAAAUUUCAGAAAGGCGCUCAAAUGGUACACCAAGGGUUGGGAGGGCCACAAGUCAAUUGGUAAUCUGGAGGGUCAGGCACUAGCGAAAAUUAGUAUCGGUGACACUUUAGACUGUAUUGGCGAAUAUAAUGGAGCGCUCCAAGCAGUUGAAGAGGGGUACAGAAUUGCUUUAGAAGCCAAUCUUCCUAGAGUACAGCUUUCUGCUCUGGAAAAUAUGCAUUACAGCCAUUUGAUCAGACUUGAAAAUGCUGAGCAAGCGAGGAAGUUGAAGGUCGAAAUUGAAAAUCUUAAGCAGUCAAUAGAGAUGAUGGAACAUGGGGCAGAAGAUGGAUGCCCCGAGACCGAGUCAGAAGGGAAAGAGAACUUGUCAAAUGACAGGCAUAAUGCAAAUAACUCGCCAGAAGUCCAAACAUCAAAUUCACAAAGAUCAAAACCAUUAGCAGAUUUUGAUGACGAAAACGAUGAUGCACCACUGAUUUCAUUUAUCCAGCCUAGGAGACGUUUGUCCAAACGGAAAACUGAUAACACAGUAAAGCAUGAUAUUGAGCAGACCAAGGCUGCUUCUCCAAAGGAGUUCUCUGAAAAGAGAGGCAGUCAACAGACAGUCGUUGGACGGAAGCGCAUCCGAUUAAUCAUCUCAGAUGAUGAAAGUGAAACUGAGUUUGAGCUGGGAACACCAAAAAACAGUUGUCUCAAAUUUCCUAGGCAGAAUGCUGAGGCUUCUGGAAGAGUUAACUGUAAGGAUAAGUGUGCAGAUCCUCAAAAUAAUGUUGAAGAAAGUUCAUGCUCGUAUAAGCCUCUGAAUCCCGCUGAGGUUGCUUCAAGUGGAAACAGUUAUAAAUCUUUGAAUAACAGUAAAGUUGUCAGUACACCUGACCGUGUCACUAGAGGAUCUCAAUAUGAUAAUGGGGAUUCUAAGGGAAUGCAACAUAAAUAUGGAGCUUCUCUGUUGAACUUCCAUUGUUAUUGCAAAGCAGAUGAUCAAAAAAUAAUAUUCAGAUUCGAGAAUGGCUGCCAACAGAUAUUAGGUUCAUGUUUUGUCAAUGACAAGUUAUACACAGAGUCUUUGAAGGUGGAACUUGCUUGCUUGUACUAUCUACAGCUUUCUGAAGAAGAGAAAACCAAAGGUCUGUUGCCAAUCAUUCAAGACAUUGAAUGUGGUGGAAGAACUGUAGGAUCUUUUGAGUUAUGUGAGACUCUUACCGGUUCGGCUGGAAGUGUUGUGAUUGAAGCUUUUAUUGGCGGCUGGGUUCACAAGCGCCUCAUGAAACUAUACAUGGAUUGUUGCCAAGAGUUGUCAGAGACACCCAAUAUGAAAUUGCUUAAGAAACUAUAUAUCUCGGAGGUUGAAGAUGAAGUCAAUGUGUCUGAAUGCGAGCUGCAAGAUAUAUCAGCUGCUCCGUUAUUGCGUUCCCUCCAUGUCCACAACUCAGUUGCUAUGCUGGAUCUUUCUCACAAUAUGUUAGGGAAUGGAUCAAUGGAGAAACUGAAGCAACAUUUUUCCUCAUCAACCCAGAGAUAUGGUGCUUUGGCUUUGGAUUUGCACAGCAAUCGGUUCGGUCCAACAGCUUUGUUUCAGAUCUGUGAAUGUCCUGUCCUAUUCACUCGGUUGGAAGUCCUCAAUAUAUCCAGAAAUCGACUUACUGAUGCAUGUGGUUCAUACCUUUCAACCAUCUUGAAAAGUUGCAAGGCACUUUACAGCUUGAAUGUAGAAUAUUGUUCACUCACAUCUAGAACGAUCAUAAAGAUUGCCAAUGCAUUGGAUUCUGAAUCAGGACUAUCACAGCUCUACAUUGGAUACAAUAAUCCGAUAUCAGGGAAUGCCAUCCACAGCCUCUUGGCCAAACUGGCUACUCUGAGCAGCUUCACAGAGUUAAGUUUGAAUGGUGUGAAGCUGAGCAACCAAGUUGUCGAUAUCCUCUCCAGAGUGGCUAAGACCCCAUCUUUGUCACAGCUUUUGCUAGGAGGCAGCGGAAUAGGAACAGAAGGAGCUAUAAAAGUCACUGAAUCAUUAUGUUAUCAGAAGGAAGAAACUGUAAAGCUUGACCUCUCAGGCUGUGGAAUAGCUUCUGCUUUCUAUCAUAAACUCUGCAGCGAUAGUACUCUAGCUUCUAGCAUUCUCGAGCUUAACGUUGGAGGAAAUUCUGUUACUGAAGAGGGGGUCGGUGCACUGGCAAUGCUGCUUAAAAAUCCUCAAUGCAGCUUAAAAUCUUUGAUCCUUAACAAGUGUCGACUUCGGCUCCCUGGAAUUCUGCGAAUAAUUCAAGCGCUCUCAGCAGAUAAUAAAACUCUGGAAGAGCUUAACCUCGCCGAGAAUGGUGAAAUGGACGAGACUCGCACGUUCCCAUAUGACCAAUUAGUGAAAGAAAGCUCGGAAAAGGCUCAGACAAAACACGGAACUUGUGAACCUGCAUCCAAGAGGGGGGAAGCCGAGAGAGUUGAAAACGAAACCCUAAAUCCAUACCUCAACAACGAGCAAGAUCUAUGUAAAACCGGAAUCCAAUGCGAGGAUCUCGAAGUUGCGGAUAGCGAAGACGAGCAAGCUGGAAUACAAGUUUCAUCAAAGGAUCACUUCAUCAAAGAACUCUCCACUGCUCUCGCCAUGGCGAACCAUUUGCAAGUUUUGGACCUUAGCGAAAACGGGUUCUCGGUCGAAGCCUCGGAAUCGCUGUAUGCAUCAUCGUGGUCGUCGGGAGCGAGAACCGGCUUAGCUCAGAGGCAUGUGAAAGAUGGGACUGUCCACUUUUAUGUGAAGGGAAAAGAGUGCUGCAGUGUGAAGCCAUGUUGCAGAAAGGAUUUGAGCUGAAGACAAGAAAUUCUGAAACAGCGUGCGAGCUUCUCUUCUCUUCUCUUCCCUUCCCUUGAUUGAAGUCAUCUCAAAUUGAAAAUACAAAUUUGCUAAUUCAGAUUUAGAGAUUUCAAGUAUUUAGAAUGGUUAAUAGAAGCUUUUGUGUAUAUGAACGUAAAUUGUUCAAAUUAUUUGAUUCUCUUGA